CUAGCCCUACAUACAGCUCAUCAUCAUCAUCGAGUGGGCUUUCUCAAUGAAUUUUCUUAUUCAAGAAAAUUGUUUGAAAAUUUCUUGAUUUCUAUUGCAUGCUUCUUCGUCCUUUAAAGGGUAAUUCUCAGAUUUCCUAUUCUUGAAUCGCUAGUGCAUAUUCUCUCCAUAAAGAGUUUUUACAGAAAUCAAGAAGCUUUAGAAGAAGAGACGACAAACUCGACUGAAAUGGAAGGCCAUUCGAUAAACAAAUUCAAGAGAAUAUGUGUUUUCUGCGGAAGCAAUCCUGGGUACAGAAAAGUUUUCAGUGAUGCUGCUGAUGAACUUGGGAAUGAAAUGGUUGAGAGAAAGAUAGACUUGGUUUAUGGUGGGGGAAGUAUUGGUUUGAUGGGUUUGAUUUCUCAGAAAGUAUUUGAUGGCGGUUGUCAUGUUAUUGGAGUCAUCCCCAAAGCUCUUGUUCCUCUUGAGAUAUCUGGUGAAAGUAUUGGAGAAGUAAGAGUUGUUUCGGAUAUGCAUGAACGUAAAGCUCUUAUGGCGAAAGAAGCUGAUGCUUUUAUAGCUCUUCCUGGUGGCUAUGGAACAAUGGAAGAACUCUUGGAAAUGAUAACUUGGUCUCAACUAGGAAUUCAUAACAAACCGAUUGGACUGCUUAAUGUCGAGGGAUACUACAACAAUUUGCUCGCCUUAUUUGAUAAUGGUGUUGAAGAAGGUUUCAUAAAGCCAAGUGCUAGACACAUAAUCCUAUCUGCUUCAACUGCUAAAGAACUCUUAGUGAAGAUGGAGUUGUACAGUCCUUUUAAUGAUCAUGUCGCCCCUCAAGAAAGUUGGCAGACAGAUUCAACUGAAUAAGAAUCUUGAUUGGUUUCAAAUGAUCUCUGCCAUGAUCCUCAUAGUUGUGAGUUGUUCACUUGAAUCUUAAUAUGUACUUUUUUUUGUCAUUCUUUGUGAUUUAAUGCCCAAAAGAAUCUACCUUAGUUGUCAUUAUAAAUGGGCACUCAUAAUGUUUCAUGUGGUUUUCUGUCAGGGUAUCUUUAGUACUCUAUAUUAUUAUAGAAUUUAUUGAAAUACAUAGACAUUAACCUUAUUGGAGAACACUUUUGUUUUGUUUUGUUUCUGAAUCUAAUCCGAAUAUUGGGUCAGUUUGAUGCCAUUAAAUCAUAUCUACAGAAACCUCACUAUGUGUUUGCUUGAGUGGGUGUACUCUUAAUUGUCUUCCAAUAACUCAAAUCUCUUGUAAGUCAACGGAUUAUUUGAAACCAUUUUCAACAAUGAUUUCAUCUUUCUUCUUAA